AUGGACAGCUCAAGCAACCGACUCUUCCGCUUCUCCAAGCCAGAAUGGCUGAAUAACUCCGCCGUCCGCAAUGGCGGAGUCUACGUCGCAGGCGCCCUGUUCGCAGCAGGCUUCUUCUUCCUAAUCGACGUCGCUUCAUUCUCGCGCAGCCCACGCAACGGCUCAGACGUGCAUAUCAAAUUCGUCGACUGGAUCCCCGGUAUCUGCUCCGCGCUCGGAAUGCUGGUUAUCAACUCGAUCGAGAAGAGCCGGCUGCAGGCUGAUAGCUUUAGUUACAGUGGGAGUGGGGUUGCGUGGAAGGCGAGGUUUGUGCUGUUUUUGGGUUUUGCGUUGCUUGCUGGUGGUUUGGCUGGGAGUGUGACGGUUAUGGUUCUCAAGUAUCUCAUCAAGGAUUAUCCUAUGCAGACGCUUUACUUUGGAAUUGCGAAUAUUGUGGCCAAUGGGCUUGUUAUGCUUAGCUCGAUCGUCCUCUGGGUCUCUCAGAACAUUGAGGAUGACUACACCUACAAUUUGGCUCUGUGA